AUGUUUGGCUCGACGUAUGAGCGAGAGGCCGCCUUCACCGAUGACAUGUGGUAUGGUCGUCUGGCCAAUCCUCAAGCCACCACUUUCAUCACCCUCCAGGCGGAUUGUGUUGUGGGCACCCUAACUGUCGUUGGCCCUCUGCCGUUUCGCCCUGACGAAUCUCCUCCAGCAACCUACCCUAAGAACUCCCUCGCCGGCGAGGAGCCUAGGUACUGGCAUUCCCGCAUAGAUGGGAUAUUCACAGCGCCGGAAGUCCGAGGACGUGGGGUUGCGAAAGCACUCAUAGAGAAGGGUAUAAAGUUUGGCUUGGACGAGGCCGCGAAAUCUGAUAAGGAAUAUGUUGCAAGCAUUGUCGUGGAUUCUGAUAAUGCGGCUGCCAAAGGCCUUUACGAGAAGUAUGGCUAUGUGACCAUCAAAGAAGAGCCACGCUCGCCAGGUAGUGCUAGGACAGUGCUACUUAUGGAAUAUUCUCUAAAUCCUUAA